AUGCGAAGUACAACGACGAGUAUUUUGCUUUCAGAAUUACCCAUAUGGAAUUUCGAUGGGUCCUCCACAGGCCAAGCUGAAGGAAGCGAUUCGGACGUAUAUUUGAAGCCGGUGGCCAUUUUCCCGGAUCCGUUCCGUCUUGGAGCUAACAAGCUCGUUCUAUGCGAGACACUCGAUAACAAUAAGAGACCGACAGAUGGUUCUUGA